CCCACAUAGUGAGAAGGGACAAGUCAGGAACACCGUUAAAAAGUCACACUCCUGACAACUGAAAACUCAACUCAAAUAUAAACAACCAAGCUAAGGCGCGUUGGCGUGCAUGUGUCCCUAGCGUAAUUUUAACCCCCUGGUACUGCAUGGAUGGCUGGCCUGGCUAUGAAGAGCAGCUCAAGGCCAAGACUGCUGCGUCCAAGCCCUAACGAGCUGCAGGAGACACUUAGACAGGAGAGGGAGAAGUGGAGGGUGUUCCGCAUUCAACAGGUGCGGGAACAAGCCAGGCAGGAGGCCCAGCGGGUGAGGGAGGCAGUGCGGAGGCGGGAGAGGCAGCUGCUGGAUGACCUGCAGCAGGACGUGGAGGCCACCUGGCAGAUGAAGAAGGAGCAGCGAGUCACCCAGCUGGAGACAGAAUACCUGGAGUGCCUGAGCAAUAUUGGCCAGGCUCACAGGCAGGCCAAGGAACAGCCCAACCCAGAGGAGGUCCUGCAGCAGCGAGCAGAGCACAACCAGCGGGUGGCAGCUCUGCGUGGGCAGGAGGCAGGCAGGCAGCAGAGGGAAGAAGCACAGCAGCAGCACCACCAGAAGGACAGACUCCUCAGGCAGCGGCAAGAUGUCCUACGCCUGGAGAAGCUGCGGGCCAGACAUGUGGCGGACCUGCCGGUGCCUCAAGCCUUCAGGAAAAAGAUAGUGAAGGAGAAGAUGGCGCCGGCAAAGGUAGCAUUCCAUGAGGCAGGCACCUUCACCACCACCCACUAUGUGCCGCAGAAUGUCAGGGUGGAGAAGGAAGUCUGGUCCUCCAAGCCAAGUGCCAAGGAGAAGGCAGCAACAGAAGAGGCAGAGAGAGCAAGGCAGGAUGAGGCACGGCAGAGGCAGAUUGAGGAGGAGUGUGCAAGGAGGGAGCAGCGAGGGCGAGAGGCAUUGAAGAGGGAGCACCUGAGCCGCCUCCUGGAGCACCUGGUGGCCGGCCUGGAUGAGGCGCAACGUCAGCACCACCUCUCGCUCUUCCUGCAUGGCAAGGAUGGUGCUGUGUGGGAAACUGAGGAGACACAUCUGAAGGAGCAGGUCCACCAGCAGAGACAGAUGGAAGAGGCAGUGGAGGAACUCUUGCAGAAGGAGGAACAUGAAAAGCAAGAGAAGGAUAAGGAAGAUGUGAGAAGUGGUGUCAUCCCUGAGCCAUCCAUGCAAUCUUCAGACUACUUAGAAGAGAUUGAAUCAGAGGAUGCCACGUUGGAGGGAACAUCCAAGACCAAAGUCCGGGGCCUGAGAUCUCUGCUGAAGGAAGUUGAGAGGCGGCGUAAUCGUAUCCUGCAGGAUUUAGAGGACUCUAUACCAGUGAGAGGGCCGAGUGGUGAUGGUGGUGACAGCAGCCUCAGGGACCAGAAGAAGGACAUCCACAUGGCGGACACUGUGCCCAUCCACCUCCACUCAGGACAUCCCUCUGUCAGGAGUCCUCCCAAGAGUUGUGCUCCCAGCCAACCAGCACCACCACACCCUGAGGGAAGACCCACAGAGGCCCAGCCAGACACCACACAGACUCAGGACUCCUCCAGCACUGUGCUACCGCUCAGUGAGGAGUCAAUUCCAGUCAGCAGUGACAGCACACUGCCCUCCACCUCACCCUCCCUCCCACAGAGACACAGCACACCUCUGGAACACCAGCCACAGCCCAGAGACACACACACCAGACAGCCACAACCAAGACUCACUGAGUUUCACUCAACCACAACUGGUACAAGUUCUCUCAACUCUGAUGACAUUAAGAUAAACAUUGAUCUUGAUGUUGACAGCAGCAGCCUUGUUGCAUCAGAUGGCAGCCCUGAACAGCUUCAGAAGCAGCAGCAGUCAGAGUCUUACGUCAGCAGCACAGAGUAUUACAGUCUACCUUCAGACCUUCCAGGAAAGGAAUCACUCCAGGAGAUUGAAGACAACCUGAAGAGGAUUCAGGAACACAGGCAACGCAACCAGGACUUAAUUGAUUCCCUGUCAAGGAAGAGAGGAUCACCAGGCCAGCACAUGCCUGCCACAUACCUGGAGAAGCUGAAGGAAGAUGGCAGUGGCAAGAAGCCUCUCACAAGGAAGGAAAAGUAUGAACUCAAGAAGAAAGAGCUCAUCCGUUUCUACAUUGAGAAGUUGCUCCAGAGAGAUCAGGACGGGGAGCUUAGUGCCUCGACUGUGGAAGGUUCAGGUCUAUCCCUCUCCUCUCUUGGCUCAUUCCUGGGCUACCUGGAAGGGGAGGGGCUAGAACACCAACCUUCCAGCUCACCAUCUAUGACUGCAGCCUCUGCCACCUCAAGGUCACCUUCAUCCUAUGAGGACAUUGAUGAGUUUCCUGUGAAGAUGAAGCCUAAAGAUUGGCACCUCCCUCCCCAUACCUCAUCUUCAUCUUCCACUUCCUCUGUCAUCACCACCUGCUCACCUGCUUACUCCAUCCAUACAGACCAUCACUACACCACCACAGCUAUCACCACCACCACCACACAUCCAAAGUACCACAUCACCUCCACUACCACUUCCUCUGCCACAUCUCCACCUCUCACACCUCGUCAGCCUGUGUUGCACCCUGAUCCCAGCUCCUCCUCCACCACACAGCCUCACUACCAUAUUUCAAAGCUCCAUCCAGGGUCACUCAGCUCCUCCUCCUCCACCAACUCCACCUUCAUAAGCCCUAAGCCUGAGCUGAGUGGUGGUGGUUCAGUCUCCACAUCAACAGGAACUUCUAUUGCUGAAACCCCUCAAGAGAUCAGCAGCAGUGAGGAGGGGCACCAGAAGUACAUCACUCCUUCCCUAAGCUACCUUACUCCCCCUCGUGAGGAUGAGUCUUCCUUGGAGGACUCUGAGGUGGCCAUAGAGCCACCCAGCAGCAGCCAUGCAGACCCCAUCAAGCAGCUGCAGUGGUAUGCUACCCAGAGGCAAAGAAUGAGGGAUCGGCAGCAUGCAGACACCACAACCACUAGUGAGGACACUCCUAGGGGAACCACCACUAAGCUGUCAGAGCCUUACAGGAAGCACUUGACUGAUUAUAAGUUCCCUGAAACUAUAACCAUUCCAUCAAGUAUCAUUCAAACUUCCAGUACAAGCAAUGAUGGCCCAAGAUGGGAACUUGGUAAAUUAUCCAAGAUUUCAUGGACAAAGAUGGAUGAUGUAGGGUCCACUGAGGCAGAAAAGAUAUCUAUCUCUUCUGGCACAUCCACCACCACCACACAGACAGGCAGCCAUGGCUCAGAGGAGUCCUCGGUCUCAAUGCCAGACAUGGAGCAGGUGCUGCGGAGAUUUGGCUUGGGCAAGACUAGCAGUAAGUCAUCCUCAGCCACUCCCAGUAAUGAGGAAGAUAGUGGUGAUAGCAAAGGUGAUGAUGGCAAGGAAUAAGGUCUAGGUCAUGUUACAUUUGAUCUUCUGAGGCUGUGAUGUGUUAAGAAGUUUAUUGAACUGUACAGUUUGUUGUGUUUAGAAUGUUUAGUUUAUUGAACAAGUUUGAUGAUUAUGAGAGCUUGCUAUGCUGUGGAUGUGAUGCUUCAAGAUUAUGAUUUUUCAACCUUGUUUCCUUACCAAUGGCAGGUUAAUGACAGGAUGCUGGCAUGCUGUGAUGUCCCACUGUGAUGCCCCCAGAAUGUACUGAAAUAUGUUGAUGUUCCCAAAACGAACUAAAAUAUGUUGAUGUCUUAAAGCAAGACUGACUCAUUGAUGUUUGGUGUGUGUGUGUGUGUGUGUGUGUGUGAUGUAAUGACAGUGUCCCAGAUUAUUGAUGUGGUGCACCAAGUGGCAGCAUAUGCAUGUGAUAUGGCAGACUUUGUAUACUAACACUGCAUGUAAGUUUAUUAUUAUUUUUGAUAAUAUACAGUGAGAGUAAGAUUAUUACUGGUACUACUUUUGAUGUAUUGUAAGACCAUGAUGUUAUAAUGUAAAGGACAGUACUUUGUAUAAACGGAGGGUAUAUAAAUAGUGAUAGUGGAUAUAGUAUUUUCUCAUGAAUAAAGCAUAUUUUACAAGA